AUGGAGGUUGAACUUCUGUGCCUCUUCCUGUUGGCCUCAGUGUUAACAGUCUCUGUGCAGAGUGCUCCUCAUGAGAAGCAUGAGUCUCCUUCCAGAUGGUCACAAAGUUCUGAGGAGAAGAAUGAUGAGUAUCCAAAGUUAAAUGAGGUUCAUGAUUCUAUUUUGCCAACAUUCUUCCCCUUUGAGGCUAGUAGUCCAGAACCAGAGGAAGAGGAAAUAAGGAAGGAGCUGUCAAAUGGUGGAGAUGGAACAGAUGAAGUAUAUUCAGUAGAUUUGGAGAUGCCUGCUGAAGAUGGGAGGAGCAUUCCUGUGCUGCUGAGUGAAGAGAUACUUGCUCAACUUAUAAAGGCUUCUGAGGAAGAGCAGCAUGAUGUGGAGAAAGAUGAGGAAGAUGGUAAUGAAGAUGACAUAGAAAGAAUAGCAGAUACAAAUGAGGAGAGUGUGGAGAUAAUAUUGGAGCCUAACAAUGAUGGAGAAGAACAGCAGCAAAAAGAGGAAGAUUUGGAAGAAGAGGAGGUAGGGGGUAGCACAGAGUCAGAGAUACCAGUGGAUUUAGACUAUACUGCUGACAGUAUAUCUACAGAAACUCGAAACACCAAGCUGGAGGAGAAUAAACCUUUAACCAUUAAGUUUGAAGAUGAAGAAAAGAUGGACAAUGAACUUCCCACAGUCAUGGAAGACUAUGAUACCAAGUCCAAUCAAGAUGAUGACUAUCCAGAAGAUGAACAUCAAGAAAAACCAUUUGACCAAGGUAUGUUUGCUGACACUCUCCAAGAUGAGCAGAUCCUUCCAGAUCCUGAGAUUGACCAAAGCAACACAGAUGAAGACAAGGAGAGUAUGGAGUUGGCAGAAAAGAAACUCUCUGAGGAAAAAGAGGGAGAGAAGGACACAAAUGAAAAUGGCAGCCAUGCUCAAGGAAAACACAAGAGAAUGAGAAAAGCACAGAGUGACCAGGCUUUGAGUGCUGAGGAAACCUCAGAGCAUUCUCAAAACCAAGAGCCUGAGAAAGAAGCAGAAAUCCGAGUCAAUAUGGUGCAAAGGAAGAUGGGGAAAUGGGCUUCCCUACUAGGAAUGAACCCUGUCCAGAUCAGAGCUGCAGUGGAUCUUUUCCCCAGAAUCAGGCCAACAGCUCAAGCCAAAUCCAGAACUGGAACUCAUCCAGGACAGGAAGCUUCAAUUGACUCAUGUGAGAACUUCCACUGUAAGCGAGGGAAGACAUGCAGGCUGAACGAGGAGAAGCAGCCCAGCUGUGUGUGUCAGGAACCUGCAGACUGUCCUCCACGUCUCAGAGAGUUUGACCAUGUGUGUGGAACCGAUAACCAGACCUAUGACUCAUCCUGCCAGCUUUUUGCCAUCAAGUGCAGCCUUGAGGGCAGCAAGAAAGGUCACAGACUACAUCUGGACUACACCGGCUCCUGCAAAUUUAUUCCACCAUGUCUGAAGACAGAACUGGUACAUUUUCCGCUGCGUAUGAGAGACUGGCUGAAGAAUGUGCUGCUGCAGCUUUAUGAACAAGACUUCCUUACAGCCAAGCAGAGAUCCAGAGUUCAGAAGAUGUACGAGAAUGAGAGGCGUCUCCAUGCAGGCGAUCAUCCUGCCGAGCUCUUAGCUUUGGACUUUGAGAAGAACUACAACAUGUAUAUCUAUCCAGUGCAUUGGCAGUUCGCACAAAUAGACCAACAUCCAUCAGACAGGUUCCUAUCUCACUCUGAGCUUGCUCCUCUGCGUGCUCCUCUUGUUCCAAUGGAGCACUGCACUUCAGUUUUCUUCCAAGAGUGUGAUGCAGACAAGGACAAGCUGAUCUCUUUCAGGGAGUGGUGCCAGUGUUUCGGCAUCAAGGAUGACCUGCCACCCUUCCUGCCUUUAAUCUACCGUAAAAGGUCCAUCUUCACAUCCUUGCAAUGA